CAAAAUAAAAUUGUGAGGUGUUGUGUAGGCAAAAAUAACACAUAAUUUGGAAUAUUAUUUUACUUUUAGUUAAAAUACGUACAUUGAAAUGCAUUAUUUUUGUUUUUAAUUUGAUGGUGGUGUUAAUCCUAGUGAUUCUUUAGUGUUAAAUGUGCGUUAUUAAUGCCAGUAAUGGUAAUGAAAGUAUUCAAUAUCUUGGGAAAGUCACACAGUAUUUUAGCAGGAAGUGAAUAAUUAUGCCAUUUUAUCGUUGUGUUGUUGGAUGUGGAGGCCGAGGAAACAGUGUUAAGUUUUUUUUUCCUAUUCCGGAGGAAAUUUCUGUUUUUCAGCAUAAGAAGCUUCACUUAAAUUACUUGACGAGGAGACAACAAAACUGCUAUUAUUAGAAGAGCUGACUUAUACUAGUUAUAUUUUUAUUUAUACUCAUUAUAUUUAUGCUGUUUUUCUAACUAGGGUAUACCCUAACUAGUUCUAUUUUGUAUUGAUUUUAUUUUUAUACUGUUCCUGGGCAGGAAGACCUGAGUUGUUAACCCUUGGAAACAUUGUUUCAAUAAAGUUUAUUACUACUACUAUAGUGUUCCUGUUUUAUAUAUACCUAUAUUGAAUACACCUUUUCAAUGAAACAGUGCAUCUUUUCAAGAAUAUUUAAUACAAAUAAAUUACAUAAUAUUACGUAUUUACAUUUUGAGAAAAUAUUCAUUCCAUCUCUUAUUACCCGUACAAACGCUGUAAAAAUAAAGGCCAGGAACAAUGGUCUACCAGACACAUUCCAUAUGGAUCCUGAGUUUCACAAUCCUCAUAGCAGUAUUUUAUUACAGAUUGCCAAAUAAAUAUUCUAGAGUUCUACAUGAAGUUAAAUACCACUCUUUUAUACCUUGGAACAACGAAAAUAUUCGUCAAGUGAGGAGUUUUACUUGUAAUGACGCUUUUGCUUGCCUCCACAAUUUUUGUGAGGCUAGAAGGUUGGAGGGGCCUAUAAUGGUCCAAAUCUUUGUUUUGACCGAGAGGGUCUUUCGACCAGGUUCAGUCUUCCAAGUAAUGAUUCUAAUGUUCUUCAGUUGUUCGAGGAACGUUACAGGACCCUUAUGUUAUUAUAUGUAGAUAUAUCAGUUUAAUUUAACGUUCCGCU